CAUGUUUUUGUCCCUGUUUUAUUCACUGUAUGUUUGUGUCAUGUGUGUUGUUGCGCUUCCUUCCUGACUGCCAGUUAUUUGCAUCACCCUGUUUCCUUGUUGUAUUUGCAGUUGAUGUUUUACUUAACAAACUAGUAAAGCUGCCUUUAAGAGCCAGCCACCAAGUUGAGUAAUAUGUCAUAGCCAGGAGUUGUUUUGUGGAAAAUACAUGACAUUUUCUGUUAUUUUUUUUACUUUGAAUUUUGCUCCUUGCUCCCGCUUGAAAGUAAUUUAAAACGGACUUAUUGUGCAGAUAGGGCAUUUGAUCUCCCCGCUCCAGAAACCCUACCCAGAGGAGGCUGUUGUAGUGUCUGUCACCAGGGAAUGGGAGAGAGAAAGCAGGGUGGGGUGGGUAGGGAAGUGGCCCAGCUGUCAGUCCUCUCUUCACAAUCAUGCUUUGUGCGUUGUCAUUUAUCUGUACAUGGCACUGGACUGUGUGGAUUGGCCCCGGCAGGGUUGACCCCUACGGCUUCGAGAGACAUCAGGAUUUUGAGCCCUAUAAGGAGAUGAUGAACGAGUACGUGGCUGUCCUCAACAGAAGGUCCAUGAGAUGGUCCAAACUCCUGCAAGAGAAGCCGCGUGUAGAGAAGAACUUGACAGUGAAAAGGUAUGUGCGUAAAGGUGUGCCUAACGAGCACCGGGCCAGGAUUUGGAUGGCGGCUAGCGGUGCACAGGAACAACUGGAGAGCAACCCGGGUUAUUACAAGUCUCUGCUGGCUGCGGAGCACGACGGCAAACUGGAGGAGACCAUUCGUAUAGACAUGCACCGGACCUUUCCAGACAACGUCCUCUUCAAGAGCAAAUCAGAACCGAGCCUGCAGAGGGCUCUGUAUAAUGUGCUGCUGGCCUACGGACACCAUAAUGAGGCAGUGGGGUACUGUCAGGGCAUGAACUUUAUUGCAGGCUACCUCAUCAUCAUCACCAAAGAUGAAGAGAAGUCAUUCUGGCUCAUGGAUGCAUUGUUGGGCAGAAUUCUCCCAGACUACUACAGCUCGGCCAUGUUGGGCCUGAAGACCGACCAGGAGGUUCUUGGGGAGCUGGUGAAGGCUAAAGCUCCUGCUGUGGGACAGCUCAUGGGUCAGUAUCCUGGCAUUUGGACACUGGUGGUGUCACGCUGGUUCAUCUGCCUCUACAUUGACAUACUACCAAUUGAGACUGUCCUGCGUGUCUGGGAUUGUCUCUUCUAUGAAGGCUCUAAGGUUCUUUUCCGUGUUGCUCUGACUCUAAUCAUUCAUCACCAGCCGGAGAUCCUGAGAGCUCGCUCUUUGGCUGAUGUCUGCGAGUGCUUCAAGCAAAUCACGUGUGGAGGUUUCACUCUGGACUGUCACAACUUCAUGCAGAAAAUCUUUACAGAGCCUGGGAGCCUGUCUUUGACAACUAUUGAUAAACUGAGAGAGAAAUGCAGACAACGGAUACAGGAGGAGGAGUCUGGGCAGCCAUGAGGUUAUAGAGCCUCCAUUUGCUCGACCUGACUGAACAGCGCUCAUUCAAAUGCAUCACUGUACAAUCAGGGACAACUGACUAUACCAAAUGAACAUACUGGUGACUUCCUCUGGAUUCCUCUGUAAUGAGUUGCUGUGUUACAACAAGUUGCUUAAGUUUCUCAACUGAUCUGAAAUUAUUUUGAAGGUCAUCUUUUGCUCGUGGUCUCAUGUUCUGCACAAUGUUUUUAAUGCUACACACAUUUCAAGUUUGAACGAUGCUUUGUAGAAAGUCUUUAAAUCUGUCAUGUUUUUUAAUCAGUUGUACCAUAGUAAUAUAAGAGCGAUUGUUACUUUUUGAAGAAAAAGGGUUGUAAGAAUUUAACAUCUAUUUUAUCUGUCAGAGUAUAGUUUCUUGCACUGCCACACGGUCCUAACUGUCCAUUUCUCUUUAUGAAGUAAAAUAAGUGUUUAUCAUUUGUUGCGGUCUAAUUUA